UGAUAAGAGGGGUAGAGGUGUGGGGAGAGAAGAGGAUGGAACAAGAGGUCAAGGAAUUCAUAAGAGAUAACCUGAAGACGGAAGUAGAGGUAAAUAAGGCGUUUAAGUUAAGAAUGAGAGGAGACAGGAGUACGGUGGUAGCAGAGAUAAGUAGCUGGGGACAGAAGAGAGAGAUAAUGGUCAAGAAAAAAGAACUAAAAUCAGGAAUAUUCAUCGACGACGACUUAACGAGAAAGGAAAGAGAAAUACAGAAAUACUUAAGAGAGAAGGCAACAGAAGAAAACAGAAAAGGUAACAAAACUAGAGUAGGUUAUAGAAAGAUAUUCCUGAAAGAUAGGUGGUACCGUUGGGACGAGAAGGAGAAGAAACUAGUAGAAGAAAAAGAGAGUAAGGCAAAAUGAGAACAAGAGU